UUGGCUGGCUGUCACAUCUAGCCCCGCCCUCUCUUUACAGCUCCAGGAAGAAGAUGGGUACACUGCUAAAUCAUGGCAACAUUUAUGGAACGACUAGCAUUUCUUCAAAAAGUACCGACUCUAAUGAAAGCCACAGCAGAUGAUGAGAAUCCUUGCCCCGGCUACCUUUUUCAAGAAAUCAGCAAAAUAUCUCAUGAAUCUUUAGGAAACAGUCAGUGUUUGUUGGAGUAUCUUCUGGAGAGGCUGCAGGUGAAAUCCUGCCAUGUUAAACUCAAGGUGCUCAAGAUUUUUGUACAUCUCUGUGAUCAUGGUUCAAACCAUUUUCUCACAGAAUUGAGAAGAAACUCGACUUUCAUUCAGCAAGCAUCAGUUUACAGUGGUCCUCCUGACCCCAUCCAUGGCACUGCAUUAUAUCAGCGAGUGCGAAAUACAGCACAGGAGGUGGCAAGGCUUCUCUUCACUGAUACAAUUGCAAUAAAAAACAGCAUCUCUGCAAAUCCAACAGCUCAUCAACCAAUGGGCAUGGGUUCUGCUGCCCACAAGUCAGGAAUGCAGGGGUUUGGGUACAGUCCAAUCAAACAGGGGUCUGGCAAUGAUUCAUUACUAGAUAAAAUCCAGAAAGCUGCUGAAGUUGUGGCCAGUGCUGUGCUUCCUCCUACUGAGCAGCAAGGCAUCCGUCUCUAUGACAACCAUUACCGGGCGGUUGUGGCUCCGGCAGCACCCAUAGAAGUGGCUGUACCCGCAUGCUCAUACAACCUACCUGCACGCAAAUCUAAAGUGACCCAGCGAUACCCUGGACAAAUAGGAGGAGGCUGGGAAGAGACAGACAGUGCCAACAGUUCAUCUCGUAAUUCCUCUCAAGAAGUUUCAGGCCAUUGCAAAGCAUCUACAGGAAGAGGGUCAGCUGGCACAGGCAGCCAGUCCGGGGCCAGCAGAGAGAGCAAUGGAGAUCUAUCCGAAAGGGUGGAAGCCCUGCAGUUAGGGGACUGUGCCCAAGAGGUGGCACUUAUCAACACAAUUACUGAGGGCUCCAAAGUUUUUCUAUCACGAGAGGAAAGCCAGCACUUCAUAAAAGAGUCUUCUACUUUAAACUGUGAAGUUGUAGUCGACCUUCUCGCCAAGAAACUCCAAGAUCCCUCAGACACAGUUAAAAUGCGGACAAUGUGUGCUUUAGCGUGCUUCAUGACCUCUGACCUCCUUUCGCUGGAACAAAUAUUUGCGGCUACACAGAGCAGGCUUUAUCUGCUGAGUGAGGGGGCUUCAGGUCCUGUGGCCAACAAAGCCACCAAGCUCUUGCGGCAGUUUGAAGCUCUGACUCGUGGACUUCAGCCUUUGCAUAAGCAACCAAAUUCAAGAAGUAACCAUCAUACAUCGACUGAUUUCACAUCUGCAUGUACUGACCCUUUAGACCUAAAGCAUCCUGCCCAGGUACCACAGGUUUUGCCAGAGUAUGUCCCCCACCCCCUCCAUGAAGGACCAGAUGAGUGUGGUGAGACAGCUGAGGCUGAAGUUAGAGCUAGAGACGAAAUUGUUCAAACCAAUAGAAGCCCUUUGCUCUGGGAGCUCCACAGGUCAGACUCCAAUAGACUGUCAUUGUUUAGUGGAAUGGAGCUGGUGACCACGACCAGGCCUAUGAGUGAGAACGUGUCAUUUCAGACGGAGGAGAAAGCCAUUGGGGACAUCUUAAAUGUGUCUCAAGAGGAAAAUACAGAUGGAGACAACCUACGAGACACACACUUGGCUAGUGUAACAGCUGAGGACACACAUUUUCAUUGUACUUCCGUUUCUUCUGAUAACACUCAAGUGGUGUCUGCCUUUUCAUUUCUCAACUCCUGACAAUGGCUCAUAUAAAAAAAGAAAAGACCAAGGCUGUUUGCGAGUUCAGCAUUUCAGACACGACAUGAGAAACAUGAUUCUCCUUCCUUUUAGCUUUGUGGUGCUAAUAUUCAAAGCUUUGUUUUAUAGAAGUAUAUGUUGUUCAUUGAAAUUAGCUUCUAAAACUCAGGACAUUAAGAUGGCUUGCUUCUGGAAUACCCAGAAUCACUGAGGAUGUCUCUGUUUGAUUUGCACAUUAAUGUUUAAUAUUAUAUUUUUGAGUAUGUUAUUUGUAAAUUAGUUGUAAUUGACCAUUAUUUAUACCAACUCUGUUUUGUACGGAACCUUUGAAAAUUUCAAAACAAGAACUUAACCCCAAUAGUGUGACUGUUAAGUGCAUGGCUAUACUAUGAAUAAUUCAUUCAUAAAAUUAACAGGAUAUUUGAUGUUCUAUUCAAUUACAAGAAAAAAAUAAAUCUCCUCAAAAUUAUUUUUCAUAUUAAAACUAAAACAUAACAAAAAUACUGCACUCAAUCACAUUUUAGUCCCAAGCACAUGUAUUAAAAUAAAUGAAUAGUCAC